UAAAGGGAGAGAGAGUGAGAGAGAGAAAGAGGAGGAGGAAGCGGGGACACGGUAACCUGCAGGAGGACUCACAUGGUCCUGCAGCAGCGGAUCCCAGACCAUCAGGACUCUCAAACCCCUAACACUCUAGCCCACGUCUUCUUCCCCAACACCACCCCUCCUCCUGUAGUCUUAUUUUAUUUUCGCAUCCUUGCUCCCGCAGCCCAGUGUUGGGGUCGGACUUGGCCCGGCAAAGCAGCGCCAUGGCUCGGGAGAACGGAGACACCACCGGCAGAGGGGAAACGUGGAAAAAACAAGUCGACGACAUUAAGAAGAUUUUUGAUUUUAAAGAAGUCCUCGGCACAGGGGCGUUUUCAGAGGUGGUCUUGGCCCAGGAGAAGCUGACCAGCCGUAUGUUUGCAGUGAAAUGCAUCCCUAAGAAGGCUCUGAAGGGGAAGGAGAGCAGCAUCGAGAAUGAGAUUGCCGUGCUGAGGAAGAUCAAGCAUGAGAACAUUGUGGCACUGGAAGACAUCUACGAGAGCCCCGACCACCUCUACUUGAUUAUGCAGCUGGUGUCUGGCGGCGAGCUGUUCGACCGAAUCGUGGAAAAAGGAUUCUACACGGAGAAAGACGCAAGCACGCUGAUCCGGCAAGUCCUGGACGCCGUUAACUACCUGCACAGGAUGGGAAUCGUGCACCGAGACCUGAAGCCAGAGAACCUGUUGUAUUUUAAUCCUCAAGACGAGUCCAAGAUUAUGAUCAGUGACUUUGGUCUUUCAAAGAUGGAGGGCAGCGGUGACGUCAUGUCAACUGCCUGUGGCACGCCAGGAUAUGUGGCUCCAGAGGUUCUCGCCCAGAAGCCGUAUAGUAAAGCGGUCGACUGCUGGUCCAUUGGAGUGAUCGCCUACAUCUUGUUGUGUGGAUAUCCUCCAUUCUACGACGAAAACGACUCCAAGCUGUUCGAGCAGAUCCUGAAAGCUGACUAUGAGUUUGAUGCACCAUACUGGGAUGACAUAUCAGACUCAGCCAAGGAUUUCAUCAGCAGACUGAUGGAAAAAGACCCAGCCAAGCGUUUCACUUGUGAACAGGCACUCAGACACCCCUGGAUCGCUGGGGAUACGGCUCUCUGCAAGAACAUCCAUGAGUCAGUCAGCCGGCAGAUCAGAAAGAACUUUGCCAAGAGCAAAUGGAGGCAAGCGUUCAAUGCCACUGCCGUGGUUCGGCACAUGAGGCGGCUGCAGCUUGGCAGCAGCAUGGGGAGCAGUGUCACUGCACCAGUCACACCCUGCAGCCUGGCAUCUGCAGCCUCUUCUCCUGCCACGGGGACGGAGCUGAACCGGCCACACCCAUCUGCGGUCCCCGCCCCGGUUCUCACAGAAACCAAGUGACGCCAGGUCCCGCGGGGAACCAGCUGGGAGGCCACGGCGCUGUGAAGCAGGGAGAGCGGGAAAGAAAAAGAGAUCGAGGACGACCUGUGAGGAAGAUGAUCGCCCUCUUCUUUGUCCCUCCCUCUCUUCGCUUUACUGCCUCUCCGAUAGGCCCCCCAGCCAGUACCCCGCCCUGCUCGUGGGAGAGCAGAGGACUUUACCGCCACCCCACCGAUUCAAGCCACCAUUGUCAUACUGCGCACCCACCAGGAUGUCAGCGUAAAACUCGUCCUGCCACAGCCACAGCACACCCACGGUCUCACACUGGGGAUGUUCACACAGUUGGCUUUGAUCAUUACCUGAUAAAAGGGUGUCCACUGCUCCACGUGUGAGCUGCAGUUGGUGGUUCACGGUGGAGCUGCUGGUGUCAUACAAGUUCAACCUUCCCAUUCAAUCUGAUCUUUCCCACAUCAAUUUAUUUAGUUCUUUUUUCCGACUUAGGUUUGACUGUUGGCAAACAGAUUGUUUUACUUUUAUUAACUGCUGUUAAAUUUAAAGAUGCUAUGUGUAACAAACAUAUCAUUGUCAAAUUGAUAUUGCUACCUUGGCAUAAUUAGUGUAACCAAAUGAGACAAUACCCAAGAUGAACCACAUGUAGUUCCUCUUUAUUAAUAGCUGUUGUUGUGUUAGGAUCUAAAUUAGAACCCAAUCGCCAUCAUCGCCAGAUGCAAAUCUCACUUCCUGUUAAUCAAACACAUCUCCCUGCCAAUCUGACCUGGUAAUUGUGGAACACAGAAAACAGACGGUCAUUGUUUUUUUUAAACACAAAUGAUGCAGAUGUAGCAAAUUCAUGUUGACAGUGGUUUAUCCGUGUAAAAAUGCCACACAUAGCACCUUUAAGACAUUUGUGUGUCCUUAUGGGCUUGGUUGUCUGUUUGUUUGUUCGUGCUUUAAGAAGUGCUUUAAAAGUACCAUAUGACUGUUGAGAUCUGGAAACAUGAGUAAGCGCUUUAUCUAUUUUGCACAGAAAGGAUCAGACAUAGAUUAGCUGCCAUUCACAUGUGUUUAUCAGAGAGAGUAGAGAUUGUAAACCUUUAUUGAUUGGAUGUCAGAGCAUUAUACAACUUGUUUAUUGUCUGAAAGAUUCUGAUUUGUUUAUUAUUUUCUUACUUUAUUAAACUUUUAUAAUAAUUGCCCUUUAAGGGACACACAUAAUGGUUAUUAUGAAACAUGGAAUAAGUUUAGGAUAGAAUUAGAACACAUAGAGAUAAGUAUUUACUGGAAAACACGUCCAGGUAAAAAAGUCAGAAACUAAAGAUGGAUUGUCAUUAGACUUCCCAAGGAGCUACAGGCAGCGCAGCAUAGUUACUAAAGGCCUGGUGGGUCCUCAGAGACACAAUCCAGGAUGGAGAAGCUGUAGCCUGCCGUCGUUCUUUAUGUCUCUACCGAAGCCAUGAUCUCACCUUCUUUAUUUGUCAAGCUGCACCCAGUCCAGAAGUGCUCAGGGAAAACUGCAGCUGCACUGUGCGCUGGUGAACACCAGUUUCCUGAUUUAGUCUUUUUAUUUUUGGGGUUUGUCA